AUGCCUCCCCAUGGAGCUCAUGCUGCAAAUGCCAUUGAGGUUGUUGAAGAUGCUCGCUUGGUCAAGGAUGUGAUCGAAUUGGGCUCUCUGUUGCCAUUAUUGAAGAAGGAAUUAUUGAGGAUGGAUCUAUACUCGGGUUGUGGGGAAUUUUGUGCUGAUUGCAUGGCCAUUUCCUCAGUUUGUGAUAAGGUGAAAAGUGGGGUUCAACAGUUGAUAGAUAGUGGGUAUCUACAGUUUGAGCGUGUGCGUCGUCCUGAAAUGGUUGAAAACGAAGUUAAUGUGGCAUCCAUUUCGUAUAUUCCUGCCAAGAUUCCAAUUCCCGCCCGAGCACCUCCUUUGGUUAUUACAUUGCCUGGUCCCGUCCCGUAUACUAGUGAAAGAGCAAUCCCAUGGAAUUAUGGGGCAGAAGUUUUCUACCAAGGGGCCAAGUAUGAGAUCAAGUCGCCGAUUGAGAAAGAGGAUGUGGAUAAUGUUGUUGGCAUUGGAAGAAUGACAAGGAGUGGUCGUAUUUUCAAUCCUCCCCAGAAUACUCGCGAUGAUAAUGCAGAAGCUUUAGCUCAAGUAAAAGGGAAAAGAGUGGUAGAAGAUACAGUGGAUCACGGGCAAAGCUCUAAUUCUGAAGAUAAUGUGGCCAAAGAGAUGGAAGAGUUCCUAAAGAUCAUCAAGAAAAUGAAUCAACUUGAAGGAGUGGUGUCAAACAUCAACGCUGGUAAUGGAUUGGGAUUCACUGAUGCAGACUUGCCUUCCGAAGGUAGAAACCACAAUAGAGCUUUGCAUAUAUCAGUGGAGUGUAAAGGGACUAUGUUAUCACGUGUUCUCGUGGAUACUGGAUCUUCUUUGAAUGUAUUACCGAAGUCGUCUUUGAUGAGGCUAGAUUAUUCUGAUGUUGAGAUAAGGCCGAGUGAACUGAUGGUGAGAGAUUUUGAUGGCUCAAAGAGAUCAGUGUUUGGGGAAGUUGACUUGCCAAUAAUGAUAGGUCCCCAGCUCUUCACCAUUACUUUCUUUGUGAUGGAUAUCCACGCGUCUUACAGUUGUCUCCUGGGACGUCCAUGGAUCCAUGCUGCUGGGGCCGUGACUUCCACUUUGCAUCAGAAACUCAAGUUCGCAACUCAAGGAAAGAUAGUCACCAUAUGUGGGGAAGAAGAACACGUAGUAAGUCAUAUCGCGUCUUUCAGGCAUAUUGAGGUGGAAGGAGAGGUCCACGAGACACCAUGCCAAGCUUUUGAGGCUGUCCAGACUAUCAAGAUCCCUUAUGUUGAAAAUAAGAAGUUGGAGGCCCCCAUGUCUUCACUAAAGGAAGCUAAAGCUGUGGUUGAGUUUGGUCAUCCUGAAGGAUGGGGCCGAGUCUUGGAUUUACCGAUCAAGCAAGAUAAAUGUGGGAUUGGUUAUCAAGUGGGUCAGAGUUCAUCUAAUGAGGCCCCCAAGAAGCCCGGAACUUUCGUUCCGAUCAAGUUCUCUAGUGCUGGCAUUGGCAAGGAUCAUAUUUGUGCUGCUGAUGAUGAUAUGGAUAGCGAUUAUGAUAUCGAGGGAUGGAUCAAGCCAUGUGCCCCAGGACAGAAGCUUCUCAACUGGUCAUCCGAGGACAUCAUCUCAAUUGCUUUUGAUCAAGAGUAA